AUCAUGUCCAAUUGAAAGUACUUCACUCGUAUGAUUAAGACGCACGGUAUAUACGCUACCACGACCCAUCCUUUUUGAAGAUCUCACUCCACACGCCCCUUUGAAAGUCACCCCUUCGUCAUAACUUCUUUGGACGUGCUACUACUGUACUGCCGACUCGUACUCCUUUCAUCCCCGCAGUUUACUCCACCCUUGGCAAUCCCUCAAAUUCUUACAUCGCCUUUUUCGAACUCAUAACUUUUCGUACCUACAAUACUACUCUACUCAUCCACGGUACCACAAUCGAUUAUUGCCACCAAGUCGGCCUUCUUGACCCGGACACUCCUUUGAGACACGUUUUUCGUCCCCUCGGCCUCGGUCUCUUUUUCCCUAUAUCAUAUCUCGUCGCGUCCCAGACGUCAUUCCAUCGUCAGACUUCUUCAAAGCUCCACAGUCUUUACUGUCCGACCCUCUCUCUCAUUCCACCACAAUGACAUAUGACACACUCCCAGUCCCGAUCCCUGUCUCUCCCGCCGAUUCAGAUAUCUUGACUUUCUCCGAUUCGCCUUCCUGGUCACCUGCCUCUUUCGCCUCUUCAGCUCUACCCAUCACCCCUCAAACGAAAGAUGAAGCCCGUCUUGCCGCCCCACCACCCUUCUCACCUCGUCGAACACCCGGAUCGUCUCACUUUCAUUAUUCUGGCGCCAUAGCUGGAGACGCAAGAUAUCAUUAUAACCGAGCCCUGGAGGCAUUAACUAAAGACCGACCACCGGCUCAAAGAAAAGAAGAUUAUUCGUCUAGGUUCAAAGAAGA